AUCAUCCAGAAGUUGAACUGUAUUGUUUUUUAUGGCCUUGAAUUGAAAAAAAACAUAUUUGAAAUUAGGAUAUCAGUUAAACAUAUCUCUAUCUGUUAAACUACAACAAUACAAAAUGCGACUGUGUGAAAUCAAUAAAUUGAUCGGUUUUUGGACUAUACCACAACAGGAUGAGCUCAAUAAACAAGUGGAUUUAAAAUUGAAACAAUACUAAUUGAAAAAAACUCAUUUAGAAAUAUAAGGAUUAAUUCCCCGAAUACUCAAAUAUGUCAUCACAGUAUAGCUUUAUAAGUGAUGCGUCGUAAAAGCAGAAAUUUAGUCGAUGUAGGAUUCCUCAAAAUGUCAUCCAGGAUUUUGACCUGCAUGAGUAUUGGGUCUGUCAUCUACAUAGGGAUUGUUGUGAUCUGGUCGGGGACUGAGACAGUUCAAGCGGAUAUUGGUCACCAUAUAGUGAAAGUUCACCAAUUGAACAUUCAGAAGAGACAAGCUGAACCAGCCCCAGUGAAACCUCCAGUGCCAAAGCCAGUUCAGACACAUUAUGAGUGGAAAAAGAAUUCAUUCCAAAAAUUGGGCACCUUACUUCGACGCAAAAAAUUUGCAAUAGAAAGAUUGGUCGAGUAUGUGAAAAGAACAUCGGCCAAUAAAAACAUUCCUAUAGAUGAACGCCAUUACCAGGCUGAUGUCUUCAACACGUUUAUGAAGGAACUUAACGAAAGUGAGGUUCUAAUAUUCACCUCCAUGGACUGGCUUGAUAAUGCUUUGAAAGGGAACUACAGGGAUUUUCUAAAUAUUAAACAGUCAAGCAAGCAGAGACUUGAGGCUCUUAGAGAUGCCACUUUGAAAGAAGAACAAGAAUACAAUGCUUUACUUAAUGCAGAGAAGCAGAAGGCUGACAUUCAGGAGCGACUGAAGCAUCUAAACUCAAGCACUAAGAUAGAGGGAGUUAUAGAUGAUAUACUUAACCAAGUGGCAAAGGCAGCAGAUCAGCUUGAACAUGACCUGGAUGAUCAUAUAUUUGACAAUGCAGUAAAAGAACAAGCUAAUAAGGCGCAAGGAAACAACAUUGAAGCAGUGAUACGGCUACAUGACCGUGAUACAGACCAAGCGAAUGAACAGGCCAAUAAGAGCGAUGAUCAAGGCAUGGAAGUGAUGAAGCUGGUAGAUUCCAGAGACAAUCAGUUUGUCCUAUCAAAGGGAAAGGACUCUACAGUACCUCAUGAGGACCAUCAUUUAAUACAGGAUGUGAUUUAUUUAAUGCUGCUAUCCUUCCUAUUUGGCUGGCUAUGUACAGCGCUCCAUUUCCCAACAAUGUUUGGAUAUGUCCUCAGUGGAAUAAUAUUGGGACCAUCAGGGUUUAACACAUUAAAGUCAUUGGUGCAGUUAGAGACAUUGGGAGAGUUUGGUGUGUUUUUCAUCCUCUUCUCAGUUGGAUUAGAGUUUUCACCUGAUCAGUUGAAGAAGGUGCUAAAAGUUGCUACACUGGGCAGUGCUUCCAUAAUGGGAAUUAUGGUUGCGUUUGGUGUGUUGCUUGGUAACAUAGUGUAUGCAUCACACAGUGAAAGUGCGUUCAUUGCUGCUUGUUUAUCACUAUCAAGUACACCCCUUGUCGUUAGAUUUCUGUCUUCAAACAAAGAGAGAGAAAUGUCACAAGGCACAGAUUAUGGCACUGUAUUACUGGGCAUCCUGAUCAUGCAAGAUGUCCUGCUGGGCCUUUUAAUAGCCUUACUCCCCACUCUAGCCCAACAUGGAACUUCCUCAGAGGGACCACUUCUGCAGUUUAUGAUUCUUUUUGCACAGUUGGGAGGGGCUCUCUGUGUGACAGUUAUGUUGGCCUGGUUGCUAGCUCAGUAUGCUGUUGGCCCAUUCUACAGAUACCUGGUGAAGAAAGACAGUAAUGAAUUGACCAUGCUGGCUACUAUAUCUAUAGCCUUCUUAAUGCUUACUAUAACCAACUUCCUACAUAUAUCCAUGGAGCUGGGGUGUUUUAUUGCUGGGAUUCUAGUCAGUGCACAAGGGCACCAUUUAGCAGAGCAUAUUGAUUCACUUAUACAACCAAUCAAAAACUUCCUCGGUUCAAUUUUCUUUGCUUCAAUCGGUCUCCAUGUGUUUCCAUCAUUCCUGGCAUAUGAAGUGACAAUCUUGACCACACUCACAAUGGCAGUUGUUGGCUUUAAGUUCUUCACAAGUGUGUUUGUGUUGGGUCUCCUACUUCCAAAGUCAGCUAAACACUACAAGUGGAUAGUAGCUGCCGGUUUGGCACAAGUCAGUGAGUUCUCGUUUGUACUUGGCUCCAGAGCAAGGCAGCUUGGACUCAUUUCUAGAGAAAUUUAUCUUCUCAUUCUGAGUGUGACGACACUGAGCCUCAUUCUGGCACCAGUUCUCUGGAGAAUGUCUCUAUGGCAACUGAGGUCUCGAAGGCCAAAGAGGCAACGUGCUGGUCAUACAAGCCCCAGCCCAGUCACUGCCAGCUUCAACGCCAACACUGACUUACAUUCCGAUCGGCCAGAUCAUGCCAUGACUCACCACAUAAAAUCCAGGACACACCAGGUAGAGAAUUGGGUGGAUGCCGAGGAAGAUGAAUUUAUUCUCGUUGACUUUUCAGACCAGGAAUCUGAAACGGAACAUGUUCAUGGUAUAUCUCAAAAACCAGUGUGACGAUCAAAUAAGAAGUCAAAUGAGAUUUCCUUGCAAUAGGAAUGUGCUCCGAAUACGUAGUUGAUUUGCCAGGAUUCUCAGAGAGCUACAUGUAUGAUAUUACCAAGGAGGAAUAAACUUACCACACAUAUUUAUCAGAGU